AUGGUUGGGCGUACAUUGCUUACCGUUGCUAUUGUUGGGGGAGGACCGGGUGGGUUAGGAACCGCCAUUGCCUUAUCCAAACUGCCAUUCCUUCAGGUAACGCUUUACGAAAAGAACCCGGAGCCACGGGAGGCAGGUGCAGGAAUUAGCUUGAGCACAAAUGCUUGGAAAGUUCUGGACUUGCUCGGAGCAAGUGAUGGAGUCAAGGGAGGAUCGAAGUCAAAUACACACCAAAGAAAUGCCUAUACAGGCAAGAUCUUGAGUAUAACCCAGCAUCCCGAAAAUUCCGACGCAGAUACUCGUGGUGCGAUUCGUGCCCGCAGAACACGACUCCAAUCUGCCCUUCUGGAUAAGGUGCCAGACGGUCUGAUCCAAUUUAAUAAGAAGCUUGUCUCCCUCGAGAACUUACCCGGUGCAGGCGUGCGUUUGGUUUUUGACGAUAAGACAGACGCUCAUGCAGAUCUUGUCGUGGGUGCAGAUGGGAUACACUCCAUCGUGCGACGGGUCCUGUUUCCCGAUCAUCAGCUUCAAUUUACAGGAAAUACUGCAUUCCGCACCAUUGUGCCCCGAUCACGUCUGGCUCACCUACCGGAUAUCACGUCCACAACAGCUUGGUGGUGGGGUGAAGCUGGCCACGUGUACUUCUCGGACGUAGAUGAUGAAAAUGAAAGCGAUGAUCCGUUCUUUGAGAUUACCGUGCGAUUUUAUAAGGAGCCUGAGAUUCCUGGGAAAACUGUCGUUUGGGGUAUUCCGGCUACGAAGGAGAAAGUGGCAUCUCGUGUUUUGACCUUCGAUCAGCGAGUACGAGAUGCAGUUGAUGCGGUCCAAGAAGGCGAGUGGGGGGAAUUCGCUACGUUCGCUGGGCCUCGAUUGAGCAAGAUUACGGGCUGGGAUAAGAUCGCCCUGAUAGGUGAUGCUAGUCAUCCACUUUCUGGAGCAUUUGGAUCUGGUGCGACAUUUGCCAUGGAGGACGGAUGGAUCCUCGCUCGAGCCCUGGAACAUACUCAGCUUGCUUCUCAUCCUGUUGAAGAGGCCCUUGAGAUAUUCAACCUGAUCAGAUCUCCAUAUUAUGCCAGGAUGUACGAACAUCUGGACGAGGUCGGUCUCAAAAUGCAAAAAUUCAAAGCAGAUAGUAACGACUUCGAUACCUUCUUACAAGCAAAGAUUGACAGUUUUCUUUAUGGUGAUAAAGACUUCAUUUACAAGAACGAUAUUGGAAAGAUUUGGGAAGAAUAUCUUGCAUCACAGCAAAUCAAGGUUGAAUAG